GUGAUGCUGGAGACCCAGCCCCAGCGUGGGGACAUCUACGCUUGCAAGGUGGGGCACACCAGCCUGGAGGCCCCUGUCACGGUCCAGUGGGAGCCACGUUCCUCCAAUGCUGCCAAGAGCAAACUCUGGACGAGGGCUGUUGGGGCCAUGCUGGGGGUGGUCUUCCUGGCUGUGGGGCUCUCCCUAUACCUGAAGAACAAGAAAGCAACUCCCAUCCAGCAACCCGCAGCACUCCUGAGUUAAUCCUGCUAUCCCUUCCAGCUAUCAGAUGGAAAAUAGCUGAUGAAUUUCAAUACCUGAUUAA